AUGGAAUCCGAAAUGACAUUGGCAUUGCCCAGGUUCGUGGCUAUCAAAGCAGCAGACAGUGGUCUGUAUCUCUGUGUUCGUCAAUUCCGGGGCCGGCCUCAUUUGCAGUUUACGGCCAAUGAUAUCAGUGAUCCAACCGUGACUAUGGAAAUCUUGGCCGCAAGCGGAGGAAACGUCCGCAUCAGGCACACUUCUUCAGGUAAAUUAUGGAAUUUGGGUGACCCCGAUUUUAUUUUGGCAGAUGCGGAUGGCACCAGUGACGCCGACGACAACAGAGCCACCUUGUUUCGACCCUUCAAACUUAACAGCAAAUCAAUCGGUCUUCUAAACCUGUCCAACAAUCAGUUCUGCAGGCGCUUCACACAAACUUUGAUCAGCGGCUUGAAUGCAAACAGCCUGUUUACUACCUUGGUUGCUCGCCUAAUGGUGGAAGAGCCUGUCACCAAGAGGGACAUUUCUACUAUCAAAUACAACCUCCAUCAAUCCCGUGUCUACGACAAUGAAACCGUCGUUUUGGUUGAGAAUUCUGCCAUCAACCGUAACCCGAAUUUGAGCACUACCGUAGACUUGACGCUCAGUUAUAAAGACGUCUGGUCUAAUAUAUGGAAGACUAAUCUUUUGCUGAAGUUGGAUGCGAAAGCGACAUUCCGCGUCGAAAGCUUUCCGAUCAUCGUCAACGGCGGGAAGGUCGAAUCAUUCAAUCAAUUACAAGAACUAAAUGAGUUGGAUGAGACCUUGAUAACCAUCACAAUAAAGGAAGUUGCACAUAGAGUUGUUGUGCCUCCCAUGACUAAGGUGGUGGUGAGAUUGAUUGCAACCAAGGGUACGGCUGAUGUUCCCUUCACCUUCACACAAACCGAUACUCUUAUCAACGGGGACUCUUACACAACUGAAGUGGAAGAUGCCACUUACACUGUUUCUAAUUACUACAACCUCGAAUUUAAGACCGAACAAGUGCCGGUUGACGCCUAA